GAGUGCUUUGGUGAAGCUAGACAGGUCUCUACUUUCAGCUCUCGUUGACAGAUGGAGACCUGAGACACACACGUUCCACCUCCCUUGUGGGGAGAUGGCACCGACCCUGCAGGACGUUGCGAUGCUCCUUGGUCUUCCUAUCACCGGAGACGCUGUCGGGCCCCGCAUGGUACCUUCUACAUGGCUGGAGGAUCUUGAGGAACGUUUUGCAGGUGUUGCCACCACGAUUGAUCCUGAAGAUUUCAAUGAGCACACACAGUCGAAAGGCCCUUCCAAGUCAUGGCUCCUACAGUUUCAGCCGGAUCUGUUGGCAGCCGAUGCUGAUGACUACAGCGUGACUAGAUCACUCGAGGCAUACCUACUGUGGUUAUUUGGGUACAUCCUGUUCAACAACUCACACGGGCACUGUGUGGAUAGGGUGCUUCUGCCAUACGCACAGGAGAUCGCCAAUGCAGAUGAGGAUGCCAUACCCUUAUAUAGUUGGGGUUCAACGGCUCUUGCAUGCACAUAUCGUGGACUUUGCAAGGCAUCACGAUAG